AUUUAUUUAUUUUUUAAAAAAACACUUCUUGGAAAUUCAGUUUUUAUUAUACAUAGACUCAUCUGAGACAGUAGUGACCGAAAAAAGUAUAUAUGUGAGGACCAUACUCGAUGCAAAUAGAAUGUGCAAAUUGGCCAUUGGCCAAAAACAAACAGUUCGUAACACCGAAACGAGAGACCUAACAAAAUAUCUUCUCCGGCACAAAACUCUCACGAAAAGAAACCAAAAGAGAGGAAAAUGGCUUAUUUCUCCCUCCUCAUUUCUCUCUCCUAAACCCUAAUCUUUCUCUUUCUAUCCCCCUUUUUCCUCUCGCCGAUUUUCUCUCUAUCUCUCUCCCUAAUCUAUGUGAUUUAAACACCAAAUCUAAUCUAAUCUUAUUUUUCUCAAAUCUCGAAUCUUAGGGUUUAGAUUUUCAUUAUUCUCUUUCCUUUUUAAACUUUAUUCUUCUUAGGAUUAAGCGAAUUUGAACUGCAACUUAUUGUUAGUUAUCGAUUGUGAUAUAAUGAAUAAAAUUGGAAUGAAUUAACUGUUGAUUAGUGAUUUGAUUAAUUAAUUAAAGUGUGAAAGAUGUACAAAGAUCGAGGAUUGAAACCGGAUAUGGGCGCUGUGGAUCGGAAGAGAAUCAAUGAAGCGUUGGAUAAGCAUUUGGAAAGGUCUUCGCCAUCGACUUCAAAAGGACUGAAUGGUAAAGAUAAGGAUAGGCUGUCGGCACCGACGGUUAUUAGUGGUAGUAGUGGUAAACAACCUUACGAUCAAAGAGAUUCUCGUUCUGUUUCGCUUUCCAAGAAUCGAUGCUCUGAUGACGAAUCAGAAACUGAUAGUGAAGAGUCUGAUGUUAGUGGGUCAGACGGUGAUGACACCUCUUGGAUCUCAUGGUUUUGCAACUUGCGAGGCAAUGAAUUUUUUUGUGAAGUUGAUGAUGAUUACAUUCAAGAUGAUUUUAACCUGUGUGGAUUAAGCAGUCAAGUCCCAUACUAUGACUAUGCACUGGACUUGAUACUGGACGUGGAGUCUUCACAUGGUGAUAUGUUUACUGAUGAGCAGAACGAGUUAGUUGAAUCUGCAGCGGAGAUGCUUUAUGGUCUAAUCCAUGCUCGAUACAUAUUGACAAGCAAAGGGAUGGCUGCAAUGCUCGAGAAAUAUAAAAACUAUGACUUUGGAAGAUGUCCAAGGGUUUACUGCUGUGGACAACCUUGCCUUCCUGUUGGGCAAUCUGAUCUUGCAAGAUCCAGCACAGUAAAAAUUUACUGUCCUAAAUGCGAAGAUAUCUUCUAUCCUCGCUCGAAGUAUCAAGGCAAUGUUGAUGGAGCUUAUUUUGGAACGACCUUUCCUCACCUAUUCUUGAUGACAUACCCUCAUCUCAAUACUCAAAAACCAAGUCAGAGCUAUACUCCUAGGGUAUUUGGUUUCAAGCUCCACAAACCAUGAUUGUCCAAAAACCCUGUCGGUUAGAACAAAUACGCAGUUCAUUACCUCCACCUAUCCUAGGGAGGAUAUGUUGCUGGAUGUCGAGUUUUAAGAAGUGAGAUCAGAAAGCUUAUACAACCGCCAGGAAACUGCUGUCCUGGGUUAAAUGCUAUGUUUACCGUAAAUUUACCUUCCCCCAUCCCCCCACCCCCUAAUACGGGAGAAGAAGAAAAAUGCAGUGGUAGUCUGGUAGAUGCUGCACUUCCUGUUAUUAUCACUCUUAUCCAAAAUUA